CGUUCCCUUUUCUGGUCUUCGCUGCGGAAUUCUGCUAAUUACCACUUCCAAGAUUUUGCGACAGUCUUUCCGGGUCUGCCGUCUGCUCAGCACGCGACUUGUCUGCAGAUAUUACCCGACUCAUAGUAGCGACCUGAAAGAAGAUAUCUGCUAGUGUCUGUUGAUACUGACGCGAAAUUACCAUAUUAUUGAUCGUCACGGCCCGCUUCAUUGUGCAGACACCAUCUGCCGUAUGCGAUCGACCCCGCGAUCUUGAUCGGCCCCUAUUCUUACCUGAACAGGUUCAUUGCGUUUUCGCGAUGCGAUCUCUCAGCAAAUUCCACGUUCUCAGCGCCCUGGCAGCUUGCAGUAUAUUGUACUCAGCCUGGGUGCUGACAUCCCGUCGGUACCAGCUGAUCGCGCCUGUGGGUUCUGGUCGCAACUUUCAGGUCGCCAGCGACUUCGACAAACGGCUGGUCGUGUUUGGCGAUUCAUGGAGCGAUGACAAGGUGAAAGGCGCACGUGUGCGGGUAUGGACAGAUUGGCUUUGCUCAAUGUUCGACUGCCACCAGGAGAAUCUGGCGCAAACAGCCGAAUCAUCUCAACAAAAGUACGGGGGCUCUGUUGUGGACAAUACAGAACUGGAAGAUCUGAGCUCGGGGUUGGGUUGGUAUAAAGCACCACUGGCGGACCUGGGGUCUCAGAUGCAGCAGUGGCUCGAAGCGGAACAAACGGUUAUGCAGGGUAUGCCCGCAGAGGCAGUACAAACUCGCCAGAACAAUACGAUCAUCUCGGUUGGCUUUGGGGUCUGGGAUCUCUGGAACCUAAUAGGAAAGGAAUAUGAUGACGCGAAGGCAUCGGUUGCACACAGCAUCACCACCAUCUUCGAACGCCUCAACGACCUGUCCGAGAGAUGGGGAACAAAGGAUAUGAGAGUGAUUCUGACCAUGGCUCCUGAUGUGACCUUUUUCCCAGCGUUUCGCCCCACGCCUGAGAAGCAGAAAGAUACUGUGAAAUUAGUGGAAUACUGGAACAAUAUUCUGCGACACACAGCAGAGGAGUGGGAUCGCGGGACGAUCUAUCUAUUUGACACAAAUGAGUUCAUGCUGGAUCAGCUCCGUGACUGGCAGCUUUUCGCUGCUGGUAUGGAGGAUGCGCAUGGCCUGGGUAAGAACGAAGACCCCGGUUGGGAAGAUGUGACACGACCCUGUGUGCAGAAUAAUUCCACCCUGCUGUUCUGGACAGAGACAGCAUGCGAACACCCAGAGAAAUAUCUAUUUUGGGACGAUAUGCAUCUGGGUCCUUCCGCCCAUAGAAUGAUGGGAGAGGAAAUCUUCCACGGCAUAGAGAUGCUUUGGUUAAAUCAGACGCUUUGGUUGAACCAGACCGAAUCGACGUCUGCAGGAAGUGGUUCCCGCGAUGCAGCAGCUUAAAUCGUGGAGCCCGAUAUGAACGUCAUCUAUCAAAUCUCCGGUCAUCGAUAGCUCACGGCCCUCCUGUCACCGCGACAGGAUUAGCUCAUAGAGCUGGCCCUAUUUCAUCGGUGCCUCGAUGGCGGGUCUCUUCGCUGAGGCCCUGGUUCCGGGAGAGACUAUUGUGGGAGAGAUCC